CUCAGUAGCUCACUGGGGUUGGAGGUGGGAGCCAGGCUACAGGGAGUGCCAGCCGUGGCAGACACAAACAGAUGAGAGGACACGGUCAUUUUUAGACAUAGCAGACAGCACUAGGCGCUUACUUCAACAAGGACGAGGGAGGUCCUCUUCUCUGUCUGUGAAGGAGCUGUCAGCUCGUUAUCUCUCCCAGGCAGCUGCUGCUGCUGCUUCUCAAGGCAGCACCACAUCACCGAGAACUGUGAAGGACAGCUCCACUCAAUCUCUCAACAGCCAGAAAACAAGCAAGAUGGCAGAGCCUCAGAAAUCAUCUAAAGUUGCUGCCAAGAAAAUGGAAGACGACUUACCUCCCCCUCCCAUCCCUGGCUCAGUCCAAGUAAUCGCUCCGGGGAGCCAGGAUCCCAACCCACUCCCUGUGCCUCCUCCUAAGCAAGCUUUCUCCAAGUUCUACCAGCAGCGACAAGUAAAUGAGCUGAAGAGGCUCUACAGACACAUGCAUCCUGAGCUCAGGAAGAACUUGGAAGAAGCUGUGACUGAGGACCUGGCAGAAAUGCUUAAUACUGAAGAUCCCAAUGCACAGGCAUCUGUGAAUCUGGAUAAAGUUCUUCCCGGAGAGGUUCAGUCCAUGCGCUGGAUCUUUGAGAACUGGGCACUUGACUCUAUUGGGGACCAUCAAGCCACAAAGAAGAUGAUGGAAGAUGAGAUAAUUCCUGGUGGGGAUGUGAAAAGUACUUCUCUGAGGUUUGAAAACCAGUCAGUCAACGGGGACUAUCUGUCAACAACAGCAAAGUUAUCAGAGACAGACCUUGCCAGAGGGGAUGUGCAUACUGCCCGGUGGCUCUUUGAAACCCAGCCUUUGGACUCAUUAAACAAACUGUACUCAGACGAAACUGAAGUGCAAGAGGCAGUUCUCAAGGAGCCGGUCCAGGGAGGUGAUGUGAAAGGUGCCAAAGAACUCUUCGAAGCCCAGUCCUUGGAUGCUAUAGGACGCUGCUGCUCCGUGGAGGAGAAGAGCAUCCUGCAGCUCAAGUCAGAAAUCCAGGAGCUAAAAGGUGACGUCAAGAAGACUAUCAGGCUCUUCCAAACAGAGCCCCUCUGUGCAAUUAGGGACAAAACUGGAAACAUCCAUGAAAUCAAGUCUGUUUGCCGAGAAGAAAUUCAGAGCAAUGCAGUCAGAACAGCUCGCUGGCUGUUUGAGACUCAGCCACUGGAUACCAUCAACAAGGACACUUCUAAAGUACAAAUAAUCCGUGGGAUCUCAUUGGAAGAAAUAGGAAGGCCAGAUGUCAGUGGAGCAAGGUGGAUAUUUGAAACUCAGCCUCUGGAUGCCAUCAGAGAGAUUACUGUUGAAGAACAGGAUUUCAAAGCUUCAACAGAUUUUGUCACAGGGGCAGAUGUCAGUAAACAGCGAUUACUCUUUGAGACCCAGGCCCUUGAUUCUUUGAAAGGAGAAGCUUCAGAGAGUGUUGCAGCCAAAGAACAAGUCAUUGGAGGUGAUGUGAAAUCUACACUCUGGCUAUUUGAAACUCAACCGAUGGAAACCCUGAAAGACAAUUUUGAGGUGGGUCAUUUGAAAAAAGUAGAGCUUUCAGCAGAGGAGAAGGGAGAUGUGAAACAAAGAAAACAUGUGUUUGAGACCUGUCCCCUUGGCAGUAUCUCCAAGGCAUUCGAGGAAGAAGUUUCUGCUGCCAGCACAGAAGAAGUGGUUAAAGGGGAUGUGAAAUCUUUCAAGACCCUAUUUGAGACUCUGCCCCUGGAUAGCAUCAAGGAGGUUGAUGCUGAGCCCGUCACCAAGGAAGAGGAGAAGAUUCCACCUGGCAAUGUCAAAGCUAAUCAAAUCCUAUUUGAAACUACACCUCUCUAUGCCAUCAAGGAUAGCUUUGGCAAUUUUCACGAAGUCACAUCUGUAAGCAGAGAGCAAGUCAUUAGUGGUGACGUCAAGAAGUACAAAUGGAUGUUUGAAACCAGGCCACUGGACCAGUUUGAUGAAAGCACCAAGAAAGUGGAUAUAAUACGGGGGAUCACAAAACAGGAGGUGGUGGCUGGUGAUGUCAGAACAGCCAAGUGGCUCUUUGAAACUCAACCUAUUGAUGUCAUUCAUCACCAAGCCACGCAAGGUGAGGAAUACCCCUCAGUGAAGCGGGAAAUCUCCCAGCGGGGGGAUGUGAAGACCUGUAGGUGGCUUUUUGAGACCCAGCCCAUGAGCACCCUGUAUGAGAAGGCUGAAAAGAAGCAAGAAGAGGAUGUCAGUGUGCCCCAAGCUGACGUGAAAUCAUACACGUGGAUGUUUGAGACUCAACCCCUGGACUCCCUGAAAGGUCAAGAGGAGCAGUAUUUGAGAGUCAGUAAAGCAUACAGUCAGGAUGAAUUACAGGGAGUUGAUGUCAAAACUGUCCGGCAUCUAUUUGAGACUGAACCUUUGGGCAGCAGUGUUUUCAGUGAAGCUGACCAAAAGAAAACCCUGCGGUACUCUAGCCGUGUGGAGAUACAGUCUGGAGAGGUGUCCAGAGUGAAGGAAUUCUUCGAGGCUAAGCCCUUAGACACAACAACAAAACCACCAGUGGUCAUCAAGGAUGAUGGGACGAUCGAAGCUGGAUCAGUGCACAAAUUCACUUGGCUCUUUGAGAAUUACCCCAUGGACACCCUGAAGGACAGCUCUGAAGGCAUCCAGGAAAUCCCUCCAGAGAAGGAUAUCAAGGGUGGAGAUGUGGGAGGCAAAAGGUUCAUAUUUGAGACCUACUCCCUUGACCAAAUCCAUGACAAAGUAGAUGAGACGGAGCUCCAUAAGAUCCAGAAAGAUACCAUGAGCAAAGCAAACGUCAAGUCCUGCACAAUGCUCUUUGAAAGCCAACCCUUAUAUGCUAUCCAGGACAAAGAGGGAGGAUAUCAUGAGGUCACUUCAGUGCAGAAAGAAGAAAUCAUGAAAGGUGACGUGAAAGGUGCACGGUGGUUGUUUGAAACUAAGCCCCUGGAUCAGAUCAAAAAGGAAGAAGAAGUGUUUGUGAUUAGGGCUGUUACCCAAGAGGACAUCAAGAAAGGUGAUGUCCAGGCUGCCCGGUGGAGAUUUGAAACAGAGCCUCUUGACUCUUUCCCUGGAGGAAAGAUUUCUGUGCCCAGAACAGUAGAUGAUGUGCAGAAGGGAGAUGUUCAGACCAACAAGCAGCUUUUUGAGUCCCAGCAAGUGGGGCAGAAGAAGUAUGUAAGGAUGGUCAGUGUCAGUGAUGUUCAGCGGGGUGAUGUGAGGACAUCUACAUGGCUUUUUGAAAACCAGCCUGUGGACUCCCUUUAUGGGGAUGCAGACAGAAGCUCAUCUAUCAGUACGGUGCAGAGAGAGGACAGCCAGAAAGGAGAUGUCAAACGCUGCACCUGGUUGUUUGAAACCCAGCCCAUGGACACUCUUAAGGACCCAGAGGUGACAGUCAGUACUGGGACCCAGGAACCAAUCCCUCGUGCAGAUGUGAAAAGCACAACAUGGCUCUUUGAGAGCACUCCUUUGGAUAAAUUCAGUGCUUCUGAAUGCAGCAGGGAAACAGAACUGAAAGAAAGAACUAUGAAGGAGACUUUAGAGACACUUUGUACUUGCCAGGCUAUUCAGCACGAUGGGAUCCUCAUUGAAGCCAAUGAUAUGGAGAGCGUGAAGAUGGUGAAGUAUCAGCUCAGUAGCCCAGGUGCUCCAGAAAUCUUGAAAGAAGAGAUUGUAAGAGGCCAUUUGCAAGGGAUCAUGCUGCAGCUCCUGCACAGAACCAAUGUGGAAUCACAGAGUGUGCUGGUAGAGGAGGACAGAGAGGGCAAGAUCAAAGUAAGCUCAUUGCAGCUUCUGGACCAGAGUGAAGCUAUUAAAGGCAAAGAGGACUUGAGUGGAAAUGUAACUAAGGCUCUCCAGGCCCUCCUUAGUCAAGAUGCUUCCAUCAAAAAGGGGAUGGUCAUACAAGAGACAAAGUCAGAAUCAGUGAAGAUGACCCUCUACUCCCUCCUGUUCCAUUCUGUCCAGCAAAAAGUUGUCAAGGGGGAUGUGAAGUCAACGAUAGGGAACCUGAUGGCUUCUUCUCAGGAGCAGAAGGCUACAGUAACUGUUAAGCGUGAGGACAAUGAGAAGGGGAAUGUCCAGCUUUUUGCGAGCUGCAUUGAGAAGGGAGAUCUGGACUAUCUGAAGAACCUUCAGCAGGAGUCAGAGAUACAGUCCCUCAUCUCUGCCCAAGCAGAGCAAGGGACAGCUGAAAGUGCCCUGCGGGUUUUGCAGGGGACUAAUACACAUGUCUUAGCAAACAACGAACAAGUAGAGAAAGUAAUGGCAGAGGCAAAGCCAGGGGCUCUGGAGGGAGCAAAAAAGGUAUUUGCAUGUGAAAGCACGGGCAAGGAGGGUGCUUUAGAGAGAGCAGUUGUGGGUGCAGUGGGUGUGACAGGCACCACUGUGCAAUGUCUUGGGAAGCCCCAGAACCUGCCCACAGGGAUGGAGAAGGAAGAGAUCAUGUCAGGGGGCCUUAAAGUAACUACAAAGUCAAUUCAAAGGGUUGCAGAUGUCAGCAAGAAUACAGAGAAAGAAGAGUCCACUUCUGCGCGUCUGAAGGAACACAAAGCUACGAUGCAAGGCAUAGCCCAGACCAAAGUGACAGCUGAGAGGAGUGAAGUGGUUGGAGAACAUCAGAGUUUGGUGACUGAGCAAGCCAGCCAGAAGCAGACAGAAGAGAAGGCUCUUGGGAAUGAUCUUCAGGCUGCAAUGCAAAGCCUGAGGCUAGCAACAGCAGAAGCGAGAAACAUUCAACACCACGUUCAGAGCAAGCUACAAAGGAACAGGGAGGAAGUCCACACGGCCUGCAGACAGCAGGUAGCUGGUAAGCAGGAGACAAAGACCCUUCAUUCAACCGUACAUCAACAAGAGUCUGCAUCUACCAUGCGGGAGAACACCAGCACAGCCAUCAGGACCACCACCACUAGAGUCCAGGAGGCAUCCCAGACCCACACAAGUGUGUCUCAGAAGAGUAUAGCAUCACAUAAAAAGGUCAGUGCUUCAGAGGAAGUACAGGGAGGACAACUAUUGAGCCAGGAAAACCAAGUUGUGCCUAGUAGAGAUGUUAGCAUUAAGGAUGGCCUUUAUACUGCCACACCUGUGAAAACCUAUAUAAACCCUUUCAUUGAGUCUGAUUACAAAGAGCAAUCAGUGCAAGAAGAAAGAGAUGUUGUUAUCAGAGGGGAUGUACAGACAGCUAUCAGAGCACUGCAAAGUGCCGCCACAGAACAGCGCCUGGUAGAAAAGGAGGACGUUGUCCGUGGUAAUUUAAAAGCCACACUUCAGUCGCUGGAAAAGUCUAACGUUAAUGUCUCCAAAGGGGAUUUUAAAGCUGCUAUGAUAUACAGAAAUGCAGGGCAGUCCUAUUCUGUGUGUAAAAAGAAAAGUGAGACUCAAGUCAAUAAUAACCAGACAGCUGUAGUGGCUUCAGGGUCACAAGCUGAUAAUGACUUUCCUCCUCCUCCCCCAGUUGCUGUGAUGAAAGCAGAACAUUGUCCACCCUCAACCAAAGCAACAAGAGAAGGUGCCCUUCCAUUAUUAACCAGCAAAGAUGAAGCCCCGGGAUGUUUUUCACCACUCCAGACCCCUCUUCCUUCCCUCCCUUCUCUGUCCUGCAAACCCAGUGACCAGAAUUCUACAGAAAAGCCCAAAAUUCCUCCAAAACCAGAAAUUACUGCCCCACUGAGAAAAAAGCCUGUCCCCCCACCAAAACCCGAGCACCUCUUACGUGAGGCAUAUUCUGCUUCUACAAAUAACAGCACAAACAGAUCUAUCCCUCCACCCGUGCCUCCAAAACCUCCAGGCUUCAGAGAGAUCAGCAAGACAAAGCCUCCCCCUGCAGAGCUGAAGUUAAGUUGCACAGAAGUAUGUGAACAGUCAGACCACAGGGAGAGUCAAGAAAAAUACUGCACUGUGGGGUCAUCCAUGGACAAAUCUAUCACAGUUCAGGGUUCUGAGAGAAAGCCUAAAUAUCCUAUCAAAACCCCUCUUCAGCUGGCAGAGGAAAGGUACAAGGCAAGCAAAGUAGGACAAGGCAAGUUCGAACUGGAUAGAGCUAAACCUUCAAAGCAUGAAAAUGGAGAGGUUGGUUUUGAAGCCAAGCAAGGAAUGUUGAAUGGGAAAGCAGCAGCUCCAAUAAGCUGCUCCCAUGAGGUAGUUCAGAGGCAUUCUGAGAUGUGUCAACAAGAAGAGAGAUUCUCUUCAAUAUCAUAUCCAGCCUAUCCUGGUAGAGCGCAGACACCUAAAAUGCCAGGACAGACUGAGCCAAGCACCUCCUCUGUGGGCCAUGCCACUCCUCCAAAGAGAGGAGAUGACAUUGCAAAAAAUGCCUCAACCAAGAUGGAAAGGGAAUGUGUGUAUAAUGCCUAUUCAUCAUGGGAAAGUCAGAGAGUCAUGCAGCAAGUGAAUGAAAGGAAACAAACGAGUCAUUCAGUGUCCUUCCAUCAGCAGCCAAAGAACGCUUCCAAGGAGGAACAACAGGGAAAUAGUGAGCAACCAAAAUGUCCUGAUGAGGAGGCAGAGGCAUCUGCUCAGGAGAAGCCAGCAGUUAUUAUGAGAGAAAAAUCCAAGAAAGAAACAGAAGAUGAACGUCGGAAGAGGCUUUCGGUACAUAAAGAGGAGAUAAUGAAAGGCAACGUCAAGGAGGCUAUGGAGAUCUUUGAAAAUCUCAGGAGACAAGAGGAGCUGCAAGAGAUCUUGACUAGGGUGAAGGAGUUUGAAGAGGAAACAAGCAAAGUGGAUGUGAAAUCGCUGAGGAGCCUUUUUGAGAAGGUCCCUGAUUGGGUGGUUCGUCAGAAGGCCCUCCAGGCCAAACAACAGGAUGGGGCUGAGACACAGGCCAAGGAUGACACUGACAGUGUCUCCUCAGUAGAGAUGGUUUUUGAGGACCUAGAGAGAGCAAGUGCUGAGAUUAUCCACCUGAAGGAGCAGACACUUGCCCGACUCUUAGACAUUGAGGAGGCUAUCAAGAAAGCUCUUUAUUCUGUCUCUAGUCUCAAGUCUGAGUCAGAUAUCGCUGGGCUCUCUGGUCUGUUCAAAGAAUCUCUGGGGAGCACCCAGAGCUCUACAAGCAGCAGCAAUAUCCGCAAAAUCAGUAUUGUCUCAAGCAAAGCCAGGCAGGAGGAAACCAUGGUGGAGACAGGGGAGGCAGCAUCUGCGGAAGGUGCAAAGGUGGCAGAAAAGACUGAGGUAACCAAGUCAGAGCUGGAGGUCCCCCGUCAAGUUCAUCCUCGUGUCAGCUCUCCCUCCUCACCUUCCUACAUCACCAUUGAGUCUGCUGCCAGGAAACCAGCAGAGUCACCCAGGACCGCACAUUCCCCACGAGACAUCCCUUCCCCAGAUCGUCCAGACACUCCAGGAAAGAAGGAUGCUUUUGCUCAGGAGAGUUCUAACUCCAUUAACCAUCCAUCAGCUGGGUCACCUGGGCAUGACACGUCUUCCUUAGAGAAGAGACCGGAGCCCACCCAAACAAAUGCUGGGGAGAACUCAGUGAAACAGCACACCCCUGCUAACACCAACAGUCAGGUCAAUGAGAAAGAGAGGUGCCCUCCAGAUGCCUCCAAAGGCAGCUGCCAGUGUGGGGUAAAAGGAGGCUUUCCAGCCUAUUGCUCCCCCAGCCCACAGAACCCCCGGAGGCAGAAAAGCAUCUUGGAGCUGAAGACAGGGCCCGAUGGGUCCAAGCUCUAUGGAGCCACCCGGACUGUCACAGAGCAGUAUGAGGAAAUGGACCAGUUUGGAAAUAAAAUCAUCACUUCAUCUACCACAGUCACCAAGCAAUCUGAAACACAAACAUCCUCCACGUGUGGUGUGGCUUCGCAUCCCCAGUAUGAAGUAUCUGCAUCACCCGUGUUUCCAAGUUACCUGAAGAGCCCAAGUGAAAACAUCCACAAUGGCAUUUUCCAAGAGACAGGAGUGGUCUUUGUCACCUUUGGUAACUCCAGGCUAAAGAAAUAGGAGAUCCUGAAGAGCAAGAGAGAACUAUAUAAAAAAGAAAAAGACAGUCUGCAAUAAAAAAAAAUUCUCCUGGUUUAUCUACAUUAUACACAGGGAAUCAUCUACACCCUAAAGACUUCUCAGGGUCUUUGUCUUGGUGUUCUUGUACAGACAGGACAAAUGCAGUCUGCCUCGACAACAGCCCUCACCUGAACAACCCAGCAGACUUGGUGCUGCACCACAACCCAGAGCCCUGACACUGCCAGAAGCACAAGGGAAACAUCCAUCCAUGCGCAUCUUGGGCAGUUUCUUCUCCAACAGUAUGAUUUGGGGCUUGGGAGGGGCUUCUCUGAACUAAUCGCAAGAAAAGAUAGAUAGAAUCAGUUCAAGAAGAGAUCAAUCUGGUCAUUGGCAAACAAACACUUGCUAUUAUCUUCUGUAUUUAAUUUCAGUACAGAUUUGCCAGGAAGGGCAUUGUAAACACACAAAUAUGUAUAAGAACACAUACUGACAUUGAUGGGUGGGUUAGAUGGUUUUUUUCUUAGAUAUUAAAUUAAAAAAUUCAAAUGGCUGAGACUGUUAUUGGUGGGGGCGGAAUUUAGCAGAGUACAUUUCCUAGGACUACUUGAUGAUGAAAAUUGUUACAUCAAACCCCACAGCUAUUAUCAGUGCUGUUUCUCCAAAGAAAGAUUCAAAGAAAGAUGCUCCAGGUGAGAAAGAAUGGUUGUUGCUUUCUUUUAUUUUCAGAAUUGUUAUUUAUUAUUCAAUAUAUACAAAAAAACCUUAUUUUAGAUUUUCCAUGCUUUCAUACCUGUUUACUGUUUAAGUUCAUUUUGCAACCUUGUAAAGCAAUUUUCUUUGUAUUAUGACUUUGUUUUGUACAUUCACAACUCAUGAUUUUA